AUGAAGGGGUUUCGGGCUCGAUUGUACAAGACCGACCGCGCGCGGGAUUUCGAUCAUGAACAGGAUCGUUAUGUUCGCAUGCGCCAAAUCUACGAGACCAUCGACCGGCAAGGCUACCAGUGGAUAGUCGUGCUGGUUGCCGGUCUCGGUUUCUUCCUCGACGGUUAUACACUCUUUGCAAGCAACAUGGCCCUUCCCAUGAUCUCUUACGUCUACUGGAGAGAUGAACUUUCCUCAACCCGACAGACCAGCAUCAACAUCGCCACUCUAGGCGGUACACUCUUUGGCAUGGUGCUUUUCGGCUAUCUGGCCGACAAGAAUGGUCGGAAAAAAAUGUACGGCGUGGAGCUCGUUUUGUUGAUUACAUCCACCCUCGGCGUGGUGAUGGCCUCGACGGGUGUCAAUGAUAGCAUGAACAUUUACGCCUGGUUGAUCUGGUGGAGAAUUUGCGUGGGAAUCGGUGUCGGAGCAGACUACCCAUUGUCUGCUGUCAUCACAUCAGAAUUUGCUCCCACAAAACACCGCGCGCGUAUGAUGGCCAGUGUCUUUUUCAUGCAACCUCUCGGGCAGAUUGCAGGAAAUCUGGUCUCACUGAUCGUCGUUGCGGUUUCUCGAAGCCAAGGUGCCGAGGAUCCCGUCCGCACGAUGGACAUGACCUGGAGGUGGGUGCUCGGCAUCGGCGUUAUACCCGGCACAAUUGCAACUCUCUUCCGUUUCGCCAUUCCAGAGAGUCCGCGAUAUCUCGUGGAAAUCGAGGACGAUCCCGUGACUGCUCAAUUUGACGCCACGACACUUUUCAGCGAUCCCGCUUCCAGUCCCGGCUUCGAUCAAGCGUCUUUCUCUCAGAUUCCGGGCAGUUCCAUUCAACUACCUCCCAUGUCGUCGAUCACGAGUGAUUACAUUGAUGAAGACGAGGAGUGGACCGAAUUACCUCUUACCACGCUGAACUCCCAUUGGCGCCUAGCCCGCACAGACAUAAUCAGGUAUUUCUGGACCGAAGGCAACUGGCGCAGCUUGGCGGGUACGGCCCUCGCAUGGCUUCUUCUUGACUUUGGUUACUACGGCAUUGGCCUUUCGGGCCCGCAAUUUUUGGCCAAAACAUGGGGUGACCUGCACAUCACGGGUCCUGCGCCGGUCUGGCAAACUGACAGUCGACCCGGCGCAAAUGUGUUUGACGAGCUUUUCGACACCUCGAUCCGCGGUCUCGUCAUUCUGAAUCUGGGGAGCUUCAUUGGCGGCUUGCUGUUCAUCCUACUUGCACACCGUAUCGACCGUGUUGCUCUCCAGAAGUACGGUUUCCUUGCUCUGGCGGUUCUCUUCAUCGUCCUGGGCAGUCUGCUCCUAACUGCUUAUACGGGCUCGGUUGUGACUGUGAUAUUGUACAUCAUUGGCCAAACGCUAUUCAACUUUGGUCCCAACGCCACAACAUACAUGAUUCCCGCAGAAAUCUUCCCCACUCGCUAUCGCGCUACUUGCCACGGCAUCAGCGCCGGUGCCGGUAAACUCGGCUCCGUUCUCGUUCAAGUCUUCUCAUCAUACUAUCGUUUUGGAGGCGCAGAUUCGACCUCCACGCGCCGUCACGGUAUCAUUCUCUUCGUCUUCAGCGCAUGCAUGAUCAUCGGCGCAGCUGUCACACACUUUUGGAUACCACCUCUUCAGGCUCGAAAGGGCUCUAAUUUGAUAUGGGGUGGCAAGCCAUAUACGCUGGAAACUUUGUCCCUCGGCCGCAUGGGCCGCAAGAGUCGAGACAAUAAUUUGCGAAAAAGGGCGUCUCGGCAGCGCGCCAUGUCAUUCAGUGGCUGA